AAACAUGGAGCGUGACACAUUCGUUCUGGAGGAGGCGCUUCUCCUUCACGAAUCCUGAAUUUACGCCAGGCCAGAUGGAUGACACGAAAAAAAGGUUAGUGUAUUAAAAGGUUUCUGUCUCUUUCUAAUGCGCUUGCAUAUCAAGGGUCGAUUCCUUGUUCAAAAACUCACGUCUAGCAAUGUAAUUUCGGAAUUUUGUGUCAUUGACAAAGCCAACGGAUGUGAGUGUAACUGCUGCCAUCAGUGAGACUGCAGUUCCGAUUUUUCCUGAAUCUCGUUAGUUGCCUCCUAAGAACGAAUUCUUCACGGUGGAAUAACAGGAGUCGCGCUUGCCCGUCAACGCUUUCUAACUUUCGAAGGAACGGCAACAGAUAGUGAAUUCCCAUCACAUUCCACGUAUGUUGUCUACAUUCACUGCCACCAAAGAUGUUCACUCGACCGCGACAGGAUGCAAAUGACUUACUUUUUCUCUUACGAGCAUGAUGUAACGCAAUCAGAGUGCGUACAUCGCCUGAUCAAUAGCAGCUGAGUGCAUUUACAGUAGCCGUGUUUAACAAUGGGUUCGGCAGGAUCACGCCGCAGUACCACUGUGGCGGCAACUGAUGCCCAGGAGAAGCAACAGCCGCAGGUAGAAGAGCUAGAUGAGGACGGAAGCCCACGAAUUGUCUUCAUUACUGGUUGCUCAACUGGCAUCGGCCUGGCAACAGCAGUUGUUCUUGCAAGCGACGCAGACAAGCGAUUUAAGGUUUAUGCCACAAUGAGAAAUCUCGGAAAGAAAGCAGCUUUGGAAGAAGCCGCUGGGAAAACUCUCGGCGAAUCACUAUUUAUAAAAGAAUUGGACGUAUGCAGUGAAGAAGCCGUUAACAGUUUGGUAAAAGAGAUUGAGAGUGAAGAGGGAAGAAUUGAUGUGCUCGGUGAGUGCGUAAUAAAAUAAGUAGUUCGUCUUUUUACCAUACCCAAAAAGAAACAAUUACUUCGAUAGUGUCGAAUCUUUUAUGAAAUUAAUCACUUCUUUAUAUUGAUAAUCGCAGGUUGGGCCCCCUUCAAAUUAGUUACGCUGCGUUCUCGAUCGAUGAACGUUUUCUAUAUAUAGUCUAUAUAAGACGGCUUACUUGAUAAAUGAGUCACCCUGGUUUUAAAACGAGCAAUAAAAAAAAGGCCGCAACACAAAGUUACCUCAUAAAGCAAAGAAGAAAACUUGAAAAAAACGUUUACAUAACUUCUUGCUGCUUUGUUUAGAUUGGGGACAGAGGAAUGCAUAUUGCACAGAUAUUGAGCUUGUGUUUAUCACGAGUUUCAGAUGACCUUAGGAGCAUUUUGGCGACUAACAGACGCUGCACUUCAUAGUUUUCAAAGAUUUGCAAUCAAAUAUUGUGUUUAAACUUCGUUCUGCUUAGAACUUUCAGCGCCAUAAAUGAAAUAAGUUACUAUAGGCGAUAACUCGUUAGAGACCAUAGACACAAUGGGUAAAUAUUACCAAGGUCAGUAAACCUUUGUUUUGGCAUUACUCAAAAUGGACUUCAUUUACUCUUCCUCAGUUACUAAACUCUUAAAAUUUUUAGAGCCUGGCUCUUAAAUGCUUGGCGAAUUCAACCAUUAUGUUAACGACAAAGUCAAACGAAAAAAAAGGACAGUAAGUUUGUACACUGUUCCAUAUCAAAUCUGCAAGAAAAGAGGCUAUAAAUACUUCUCUGCUCUGCGUUGAACUAAAAUAAUUUCACUUAUGUAGACAAACGACUGAUUGCAGCCGGUACAAAGUUCAAUCAUAACGUUUGUUUUGAGUUGUCUGCCGCGAUCAAGCUUUUUUCUAUUUCGGUGGAAACAUGAAACAGGGUAGCUUACACUCUGCUAUCGGGCGUUUUUUUUUUUUUUUUUUUUUUUUUAAACUAGGGAGCGCAAAAGUAUAACAGCGCAUGUGUGGGAAGCCUGAUGGUAAGUAACACAGCGCGAAUAACCGACGAAUACAAUCGUUUACUUUCGUGCGGCCAAGUCUAGCACUCCCACCGAAGGGAGGAACGAAAGAUCGUGCAUUAGAGUACAAGUUUUCUCUGUCUUCUCGUAACAAGCUUUCAUGUUUAUCUUCUAAUCUGUUUUGAAAUUUAUCCACCACGCUUAGUGAACAACGCAGGACAAGGCCUGGUGAGUGUAUUUGAAUGCAUACCAAUUGACAAAGCGCAAAACCUGUUCGAUGCAAACUUCUUUGGGGUCAUGCGAGUUCUCAAAGCUGCUUUACCGGGCAUGAAAGCAAGAAAGAAGGGUCGCAUUAUCAAUGUGAGCAGUAUCAUCGGAGUGAAUGGACACCCAUUCAGUGAAAUAUACAGCGCUUCUAAAUUCGCCUUGGAAGGUCUGACGGAGAGCCUGGCUCCAACACUGAGGAAAUUCAACAUCAGGUAAACACAUCAGUCGACUGGUAACAAGUUGAGGUUAAUAUUGGGUUAGGGAAAGGGAGGGGAGGGUAGGUGCUCAUUUGUUCGGAUACUGACAACCGUUCCACCGCUACCCUUUCAUAACCCAUUACGUCCAAGAAUUCUUCAUGGCCAUGAUCGUGAUUUUAAUCGUAUUUUAGGUGUUCCCUGGUUGAGCCUGGACCAGUGACAACCUCAUUCAACAACAAUGCCAAGUCACUGAGAGAGGGAAUCGACUCAUCCACAGCGGACGACAAGACCCAGGCCUUGUUACAGGAGGCUUUGAAAGAAAUGUACCGUACUGUCACUGAGCACAGCCAGACAGCCGAGGAAGUGGCCGACAUCAUCAAAAACGUGAUACUCAGUAGAGCGCCUCAUUUGCGAUACCAAACAAAUUCUCAGUACGCACCGGGAGAGGUACAAGCCAAGUUUUCUGAUGCGACAGGAGACAAAGCUAUCGAUCUCAUGGAAAAAAGAUUUUACCCGGAGACAAAGUAG